ACUAUAACACACACACAAAGAGCCUGAUUACGAUCGUCACACACACACACUCACCGUCUAAUCACCUGUAUCUAUAAUAAUAUAAAUAUACAUACAUAUAUACUCACAUAGAGAGAAAGAUACGAUUUCCAAAUAAUCCAAUAAACCGCCUAAUCUCCCCCAAUCAAUCAAUCUCUUCAUUCCUCUCUGCAUGAUCUUAAUUCUCUACUCCAUCUGCUUCCUUUUCAAGCAAUCUCUCAUCACUAAUAAUGGCGUUAUUAGAUCCGCCUAACAUCGCCGAAUCCACCACCGCCUUACGACGUCGUACCACCACUGUAAAACCACCUGAUGCCGACGGUUAUUGCGACAAUUCCUCAUCAUCCAAUAAUAAUAUUAAUAAUAAUAAUAAUGAGAACGGAAACGAACAGAUCCGAGCUGGUGAGGUUGUUACGAAUGCAAACGGAGAGAAGAUAGAGCAGAAGAAAGGAGUUGAAAGUCAGACGAGUGUGUUGCGUUAUGCGUAUCGCCCGUCUUCUCCGGCGCAUCGGAGGAUUAAGGAGUCUCCUCUUAGCUCUGAUGCUAUCUUCAAGCAGAGUCAUGCAGGCCUCUUUAACCUUUGCAUAGUGGUGCUUGUUGCUGUAAAUAGUAGGCUCAUCAUUGAGAAUCUGAUGAAGUAUGGAUUAUUGAUCAAUUCCAAUUUUUGGUUCAGUUCAAGAUCAUUAAGAGAUUGGCCACUUCUAAUGUGCUGCCUCUCUCUUCUGCUCUUUCCUCUUGCUGCUUACAUUGUUGAAAAAUUAGCUUGGAAAAAACGUAUAUUAGACCCUAUUGUAAUCGCUCUACAUGUUAUAAUAACUACCGCUGCAAUUCUGUAUCCAGUUUUCAUGAUUCUAAGGUUUGGCUCAGCUGUUCUAUCAGGUGUUACAUUGAUGCUGUGUGCUUGCAUUAACUGGUUAAAGUUGACAUCUUUUGUGCAUACAAGUUACGACAUGCGGUCCCUUGUGAAUUCAACUGACAAGGGAGAAGCAGAGUCCACAUCUUCAAAUAUUGAGUUAUUUUAUGACGUAGACUUCAAUAGCUUGGUUUAUUUCAUGGUUGCUCCUACUUUGUGUUACCAGAGAAGCUAUCCUCGCACCGCAUUUAUUCGAAAGGGUUGGGUGUUACGACAAUUGAUCAAGCUAGUAAUAUUUACUGGGUUCAUGGGAUUCAUCAUUGAACAAUAUAUCAAUCCAAUUGUCAAAAAUUCUCGACAUCCACUGAAAGGAGACAUUUUAUACGCAAUUGAGCGGGUUCUAAAGCUUUCAGUUCCAAACUUAUACGUUUGGCUCUGUAUGUUUUACUGUUUUUUUCAUCUUUGGUUAAAUAUACUUGCUGAGCUUCUUCGUUUUGGGGAUCGUGAGUUUUAUAAAGAUUGGUGGAAUGCACAGACUAUUGAAGAGUACUGGAGACUUUGGAAUAUGCCUGUUCAUAAAUGGAUUGUAAGGCAUCUCUAUUUUCCUUGCUUGCGUAAUGGAAUACCUAGGGGUUCUGCCAUCUUGAUUGCAUUUUUCAUGUCUGCUGUGUUCCAUGAGCUCUGUAUCGCUGUUCCCUGCCACAUUUUCAAAUUUUGGGCCUUUAUUGGGAUCAUGUUUCAGGUACCGUUGGUCUUACUGACGAAUUACUUGCAGAACAAGUUCCAAAACUCAAUGGUGGGAAAUAUAAUCUUCUGGUGCAUCUUUAGCAUUUUUGGUCAACCCAUGUGUGUAUUACUCUACUAUCAUGACGUCAUGAAUCAGAAGGUGAAUAAUGGCAAGUGAAUUUUAAACAAGACACAUUCUCCUUGUUCUUAGAAAGCAAUUUUGUAGCAAGUUUGAUGUGAAAUCAACCGUGAUCAUGUAAUGUGUGCGCUGCUUACACAUAUCAUGAUAGUAGAUGUCAAUUAACUGUUAACCAUCGACUGUCAUCAGUUGGUCGGUGGUCUUAAAACGUGUUAAUUGUAAUAUAGUUUUCACAAAAUUUAAAUCAUGUCACUCAUACUUACCCCUAUUA